CCCCGCCUCUCAUUCCUCGUUCCUGCCCCUUUUCGCAUAAAUAAGCCAAAAAAAAACCUUUCAACAAAACGGAGUUUUAGGAAUAGGUGGUAACUUCUGCAUCAAGAGGUAGUUGUUGUUGUUUUCCACGAUGUCUCCUGGAAACAGGAUCACUAAUUCGUGAUCAAACCCGGCAGUAGAUGAGUAAAUGUGGCCGGAGGGUGCUGGAAGAAUGGAGAGGGAACUCCACUUCGCUUUUCUCCAUAAACGCAGGAACCAAUAAACUUUGUAAUUAUUUAAAGCUGCUUUGUAAGCCGGUUUUUAUUGUCCUAAUCUCGAAUCACUUUGGUUAAUACUCCUUAUGAUGUCUAAGAAGUUGAAUUCUUGUCCGGCGCUCAGCAAGACAUAAGAUGUUGAAAAGACUGAAUAACAAGAUUUCGUUAUUGUAUUGGAAUCUUGUUAAGAAGAAAUUAAACAAACGUGGCAAGCAAAUAAACUGUAUAGUAAGUUUCUUCGCAAGGCAGAUGUAUUUUCCGUGUAAAACCUCAUUUCCGUGAGAAUAAUUAAUUUUUAAGUAUUCCUAAACGCUAUAUGACUGAGUCUAUUUGCCAAGUUUAAAUUUAGCACAAGAGGUUAGGCACAACUUAAUGUAGGCCACAUUUCCGAAAUCCCACUUUUUUUUCUUUUCAAUUACUGCCUUCAUGUAAUUAAGAAGCAAUACACGUGCCACGUUUUCAAGAACACUUGUCUGUGCACAAACUAAAGUGAAGUCUAAAAUUAGGUUCAUUCCGCAAGUGACCUGAAUAUCUUGUUUGAAGGGUCCUAUCAUCAGUGCAUUUCAGUCGUAUGUCUACAGUAGACUAGUUCUGGUUUUAGCAAGGAGCAGCGCUGAAACUAAAACUACCCAGAAUUUUCACUAGGAAAUACCAACUGAUUUUAUAAGCAGAUAAACCUCGUCUACAUAUCGGUUUAUCUCACCAUACGCAAAUCUCUUCUUAUCUCAUAAAUCACUUAAUCCGGCGCGUGCCACCAUAAUAAUGUCUGUAUUGACUAUGGGGUCCGUCGAUAAAUCAGUUUUUUUCUGACUGAUACGAGUUCCCCGUGCAUGUCAAUGGUAUAUAAGGACGUUGGUCAGACUUUACUCCCAGGGGGAACACAACAAAGUUUUAUACAGGGAGGCACCGCCCCGACGUCCGAAUCCUUAAACUUUUAUGGAAACUCUACCAUGUAGAAAUUCAUCCUUCUUUGUACUAGGAAGUGAUUCCCAAACACUUUGAUGUAUUAGCCGUUAGGUACAUCUGUGCGAGAUAUUUUGAAAGGGUUAUCUACAGACACUGCCUUAAACUUUUGAAAUUCCGGUGUACUAUAGCAUAUAUCUCCAGUCUGAAAAUGGUCCCCCUUUUUCGGGCACAGCCCCCUCAUAUAACCCCCAGGGGCUUUUUGUGAGCACAGCAUUUGUUAUUCAAAUGUUGCAAAAUUGGCCACAGCAUGAUUAUAGCGGAAAUUUGCUGAAACCAAACCCUUGCCUGGCGUCGAAACAAAUAUUCCAAGAGCCAUCCCCGGCCAACUGGCAGGAGCGUACGUCAGCAGUUACAAGGCGAGGGCUAUUUAUAUCAUAAAACGACUAUUUAUAAAAUAGUUCUAGCUCAGUCGUAAUGCGCACAGCAUCUCAGAUAUUUUAUAAAUGAUAAUGUGAUAUUCAUAUACGCGUAUAUUGCUAAGUAAGAACCUUCUGGAAAUUUGCUCCUUAGAGUGGUGAAAUUAUAUAUAGCAGGCUGAAUGUUUUGCUAACUUUAAUUGCUUUCCAAAAAACCGUUUAGCGAUGGCGAUGUUGAAAAAAUCUUUACUUGUGCUAUGGGUGAUGGUUCUGAUCGUGACAGAAGCCAAACACCACGCUCGUCAUCGACAAAAAUGUACUACAGUCCGUGGCACGACAUGCAAUGAGGACAGCGACUGCGCAUGCCUGAACCAUCACAACUCGCCACUGAUUUGUAACUACUUUCUAAAGUGCAAAGAGAAAAGCUUCUGGGACAUCAUCUGGAGGAAGUUGCCAUGUCGUCGUGUUUACAAGUCAUCUUGUAUGGUGGAAGACGAUUGUGAGUGUAGUGAAGCUCCAUUAACUUGUGAAAAUAACGAAUGUGUCAAGGCAAAAGUUGUGCACGCUUAGCUGAACAGAUUCAGCACUGUUACGGAAUACUUCAGCCACAAAACGAUACUUUUAACUCCCAAAACCCUGCUUGUGAUUUGUGUGUCUUCUUUAUCUCAGUAGUACAUAUACUCAGUUCUCAGCCAAAACAAACCAGCUCUCUUUAACUACAAUAUAUAAGAAAUUUACGACAAUGAAUCGUUAGCUAAAUACGUUUAACUCUACUAUACAUUAAAAAAAAAGUUUUCAGGUUGCUUGUCAACUGUCCUUACUCAGUAUGUCGAUAUUUCAUAGCAUGCUCUAAAACUUCAUAUUCACGUUGAUUUUCUCAAAGUGAACCAGUAUUAUCAAAAUAACAUUACGAAACUUUGCAGUACAAAACGCCAGCGAGUUUUAAUGCCCGUAAAAUAAUAUCUUAUACGUAUCUGUCUAUAAACGCCUUUAUAAGGUUUGAAAAGUUAAUCGUAAACAGCCUGCCGCGGUAUAUUCGCCGUUCUGAUACAGAGGCAUGAGUUUUGUCGGUUAUUUUAAUCAUGUAGGAUUUCAACAGGUCAGAUUUACUUGAACUUCAUUAGUAGUUUAGAAUGGCUAACUCUUUUUAUCACUUUCCCACCUGAAACUGCACACUACUCCAAUGAAUUUUGUUUUAAAUAAAGCAGCAUAUUUAGAAAAUAAAUUUUAAAAAUGGAUGCGUAUGAAAGACGGAGACUUUAAAAUGUUUGUUGCACUGUUGCACUAUCUGUAGCCAAGGACUAAGUAAUAAAGUAGUGAUCGAUGUCUUUAGCUUUUGUUUUGUUUUGUUUUUUUGUUUUUUUCGUCAAAUUUGUCAGGUCUACAAGGUUUCUUGUAGAGUUUAGCGACGGAUUAUAACAAUAAUAAUAACAAUAAUAAUGAUAAUAAUUAUUAUUAUUAUUAUCAUUAUUAUUAUUAUUAUUAUUAUUAUUAUUAUUAUUAUUAUUAUUAUUUCACCGUGGUUUGAAGUGAACCCUGCCAGAUCAUGCCACAGGACGUAUUCUAGAAUCUUUUUCCUGAUCUACAAAAUUGCGUUCACAUUGGACAAAUUCCUCUUCAUAAUCAUAGAUCUAUAAGGUCAUAAAACACUAGAGAGGUUACGAAUGAGGGAGAUGACAACCCGUUAUGAAGAGUAAAGUUGAAAAAAAAAAUAGCCAAUAUAUUAUUGUCAAGAUACAUCGUAUCAUACCUUCUUUAACUUUGACGAAUUCAGUCUCGUUAUAGGGGCACAAUACUUACUAUACAAUCAGCCAGAUAUAAAAUGAGCAUUAAAGGUACCAAUCUAACUAACAAGGAACUGUGUUUUAUUGGACAUUUUUAUAAACGCCAUUCUGCUGAGCGAUUGAAGGCUCAGUGCCCGGCAGAUAUAUCAUGUUUUAAUGAGUAUGACCUGAUAGGUAAAAGUAAAGUCUGCAUACGAGCCAAGUGGCCCAUCAGGUGGGAGUUUAUCCCGGUUUCCGUGGCAUGAAACGACUCGGAGUAUUUCUACUUCCCCUGGAUGGGACACUAAUCCAUCGCAGUUACCCCCUGCAUUGAAUUCGCCGGUACUCAUUUUAAUACCUAGGUGCAGAGAGGCACUGUGGGAGUAAAGUGUCUUGCCCAUGCAAGAA